GUCCGACUGUCAAGUUCCGAUUUGGUAUUGCACCUUUUAAUUGCUUAACUGCCCACCAAAAAGUAGUCGCAAAAUGCAUUGAAUUCCUCAGAAAGCGACGCAAAUAAACGUAACAACAUGCCUUCAAGGCUUCAACUAUACUCUAUGUCUAUAUAUCCUCAAUUUCAUCCCCCAAAUAUCCAAUUAUUAUCCUCACAUUUGCCUUCUUCUCAACAAAAAAGGGUCAAUUUUCAGUUCUUGAGCUUCUUUAAUUGAGGGAUGGGGAAGAAGAAAGUGUUGAUUCCUGCUGAUGAAGUUGACUUGAGUGCAGUCAAGUAUGAGUAUCAUCAAGUUGAAGCUCCACAUCUCACGGGAUCAGCAUUGGGAUUAUUUCUUAAGCUUCUUGAAGUUCCAAUUAUAGGUCCUAUGAUUAUCACUCACCUAAGAAAAAAGAAUAAAAUGGUUGAGCUACUAAAGAAUACUGACAUUCCGGAGAGUCCCAUGUUUAAACCCGAGUACUCUCCCCAAGAGCCGGAGCAAGAGGUUAUUUUUGUCGACGAAGCUGGCUGUCCUGAGGAGCGUGUCGCAGAAGCCUUAAAGUGCCUCUCUGAAUAUGAUCCUGCAGGCUGUUGGGAAGAUGAUUUGGCAAAAUCGUUUCGUUAUUGGAAGAUACGUGAUUUUGCAUAUGCUUAUCGUGCCAAGCUUGUUACCCCAUCGAUGAUUGCUGAGAGAAUAAUCUCAGCCUUGGAGGUCUUUAAUAAAGAAAAUCUGACCACUCCAUUACUCAUAUCUUUUGACGCUGAGGAUGUAAGGGCGCAAGCAGCUGCUUCUACUCAAAGAUUUGAAGAAGGAAAACCUAUAUCAAUUUUGGACGGAGUAUUCAUGACAAUCAAGGAUGAUAUAGAUUGUUACCCUUAUCCAUCUAAUGGUGCUACUACAUGGUUUCAUGAAGUUCGACCGGUUAAGAAAGAUUCAGUUUCUGUUUCUAAAGUGCGCAAUUGUGGUGUAAUUUUAAUUGGAAAGGCAAACAUGCAUGAAUUAGGUCUUGGGACAACUGGAAACAAUGCCAAUUAUGGAACAACAAGAAAUCCACAUGCGCAUGACCGGUACACUGGUGGAUCUUCAUCUGGCCCGGCAGCUCUUGUAGCUUCUGGACUGUGUUCAGCUGCUCUUGGGACAGAUGGUGGAGGUUCAAUUCGCAUUCCUGCAUCUCUUUGUGGUGUGGUGGGCCUCAAGACAACAUAUGGAAGAACUGAUAAGAGAGGGGCAUUGUGCGAUGGGACUGUGGAUAUUAUUGGUCCAAUAGCUUCAUCAGUAGAGGAUGUUAUGCUUGUGUAUGCAGCAAUAUUAGGUUCCUCUCCUGCUGAUAGAAUUAGCAUGAAACCUUCACCGCCUUGCUUACCGAAUCUGAAGUCUGAUGCCCGAAUCAAGGCUGUAGGGUCAUUACGGCUUGGGAAGUAUACAGAGUGGUUCAACGAUGUGUAUUCCAGUGAAAUAUCUCAGAAGUGCGGGGAUGUUCUAAAUUGGCUUUGCAAAACCCAUAACUGUCAAAUCGAGGAGAUUGCUAUUCCUGAGCUGCAUGAGAUGAGUACCGCACAUGUAGUUUCCAUUGGAACUGAAUCUUUGUGCUCGUUAAAUCCAUACUGCGAAGAGGGGAAAAAUUCAAAGUUGACUUAUGACACCCGCAUCAAUUUGGCGCUUUUUCGUACAUUUUCAGCUACCGAUUAUGUUGCAGCCCAAAAAAUUAGGCGAAGGAUGAUGUACUACCACAUGGAGAUUUUCAAGAAGGUCGACAUUAUAGUAACACCAACCACUGGCAUGACAGCACCAGCCAUACCUUCCAAUGCUCUUAAACUUGGAGAGACAAACUUGCAGGUUUCAAGUUACCUGAUGCGCUUUGUUUUGGCCGCGAAUCUUCUUGGCUUCCCCGCAAUUACCAUCCCGGUUGGUUACGAUAAGCUAGGACUUCCAAUUGGCUUACAACUUCUAGGCCGACCAUGGUGUGAAGCAACGCUUCUGCAUUUGGCAUCUACCAUAGAGGAAUCAUAUGGGAUGACCAAGAAAAGACCAGCUUUGCACUAUGAUAUCUUGAAAGGUACAUAAAUAAUGCUGUUUAUUCAUAAUCUUCCGGCUCUCGAGAGUUCCUAUUUAAUUGCUUCAUACACCUAUUUUUUUCGGGAGUGCGUUGUGUCACGUGUGUUUGCCAGUGCGGGACAUUGGGCUGAUGACCAUGACGUUGUGAUUCUGCCCUUUGCAAAGAUGACCUCCCAAUAUUGUUCAUUGUACUUCCCAUUUAUACAUUAUCAUGUAUUGUUACCAUUAAUAAAAGCAUUUGUUUUACACUUCUGCAUACAAAUGAUUGAAUUUGUUAUUUUGUUUACAAGUUCCUUGCACUAAAAACAAUGAUCAAGGCACUAGAGCUGAUGUAGCGCAACAUAACUUGCCUAUCAGUGCCACAUUCCGAUAAUCCAACCACGACUGUUAUCCAGAUUUAAAUGCCAGUUUUUCAGGGAUGUAGCCUAGGUUUUGGCCGAUUCGCUCAUAUCACUAUAACGACAUUGCAUUCAACACCAUACAAUACACUAAAAUGUAUUGUGCAAAACAAGAAUUACUCUAUCUGACGCCCUGAAUGACCACUUCUAGGAGUAAUUUGACCUAUGCAAUGGGUCAAAUGCGGACUGGGCUCAAAUGAAAAUGUGUGGGAUCAGCUUGGACCAUACAAAAAGAAAAUGAGCUUAAAUGGGCCAGGGCUUUCAAUCCGUUAUGUGGCGUAAAAUGGGUCUUUGGGUAUCCAUGGUAAUAUAAUUACAAUCCUCAUAUAAAUGCAACACUAGUUGGAUAAAUUCUGUCACCAUUUUCUCUAUGGCAACCCUUCCUACCAAGCAAGAAUUACCAUCCCUAUACCAAUCCCUUGCUCUACCUCAAGCUUUUUUGUUCUUUUAAGAUGAAAGUGUAUUUUUCAAUGCCCAAUGGAGCUUAAAAUUCUUUUAGGAUGGUGUUGGAUUUGCUCUAAUCUAUGUUCUAUUUAAUAAAUGGAAGGUAUUUCAUUAUCCUCAUCAAUCCAGUAAAUCCUGCUUAUAGUACUGGCCAGAGUUUAGGGAGAAUGGGUAGAAGUCAUAUCAAUACCUUCAUCACAAAGAGUUCACGAUUCAUUAGAGCCCUUAGCUCGAGAAACGUCCCACAAAAGAAUAUCCUUCAACGUAUUUAUCAUAAAUAAUUCCUAGAAUUAGUAAAAGUAUGACUUAGAAAUUGCUACCCUCCAUGAGAAGUAACGCUAACAUCCGACCACCUACAUCUCAUUAUUAGCUGCAACUGCGGAUGUCAAUUCGGAAAUUGUUAUAAAACUUGGAC